AUCCUGUUCGAUCAAGCUCAGAGGUCGGUGAAGCAGCAGCUGCACAACUUUGUGAAAGAGGAUGUCCGGAAGUUCAAGGACACCAAGAAGCACUUUGAUAGGGUGCGCGAGGAUAUGGAAAUAGCGCAGGUGAAGAACGCCCAGGCGCCGAGGAACAAGCCUCACGAGGUGGAGGAAGCCACCAGCACUCUCAGCAUCACCCGCAAGUGUUUCCGGCAUCUCGCUCUGGACUACGUGCUACAGAUAAACGUCCUCCAGGCGAAGAAGAAAUUUGAGAUCCUCGACGCAAUGCUGUCGUUCAUGCACGCCCAGUACUCGCUGUUUCACCAGGGCUACAACCUGCUGGAUGAGAUCGACCCCUACAUGAAGAAACUGGCGGCUGAGUUGGAUCAGCUGGUGAUUGAUUCAGCCAUGGAGAAGAGGGAAAUGGAGCAUAAACACGCCACCAUUCAGCAGAGGACCCUCAUGCAGGACUUCUCCUAUGACGACUCUAAGGUGGAGUUCAACGUGGAUGCUCCUAAUGGUGUGGUGAUGGAGGGGUACCUGUUCAAGAGGGCCAGCAAUGCCUUUAAGACCUGGAACAGACGGUGGUUCUCCAUACAGAACAGUCAGCUGGUCUAUCAGAAGAAGCUCAAGGACUCUCUGACGGUGGUGGUGGAAGAUCUCCGGCUGUGCUCUGUCAAACCCUGUGAGGACAUCGAGAGGAGGUUCUGCUUCGAGGUCGUUUCCCCCUCAAAGAGCUGUAUGCUACAGGCUGAAUCUGAAAAGUUAAGGCAAUCGUGGAUCCAGGCAGUUCAAGCCAGCAUCGCUUCAGCCUACAGAGAAAGCCCAGACACUUACUACAUCGAGCAUCUGGACAGAACCGCCUCCCCGUCCACCAGCAGCAUCGACUCAGCCAGCGAGCCUCGGGACCGCAGUGCCCGGGGCGACACCAUCCUGCAGCGGAUCCAGUGUCUGCCAGGGAACGAGCAGUGCUGCGACUGCGGCCAGGCCGACCCUCGCUGGGCCUCCAUCAACCUGGGCAUCCUGCUGUGUAUCGAGUGCUCCGGCAUCCACAGGUAG